CUAAACCGGAAGAGAAGAAUGUAAAUAAAGAACUUGGCGGAAAAUAUGAUCGUUUGCAACUUUGCUAGUUCACAAUGAAAUGAAGUUUAUAUAGAUGUCACAGACAACCUUUCUUGAAUCUGUGGUCAGCUGGGACCAUCAGAAAUGUCAACAGAAUGUUGAGGAAGCUCUACCUAAACUUGUUGAUUUUCUACAGAACGCAGAAAUAAUUCAAGAAAAAGUUGGAAUUUUGAAGAUUAUAUGUCAGUUAUUUUUACCAUGUAUACAGAUUGAAGAAUCAGAAAAUACAUUGUUUAGACAUAUUGUUGAAAAAGCAUGUUGUUCUUUUGACUGUAUCUUAAAUGACAUAAAACAGAUCAACAAGAACCAGGAUAUUUCUGUAUUGAGUGGACAAGUGCUCAGUUUGUUGGAGUUACUGACUGAUAUAGUGGAAUGCUAUGAAGUUUGUGUGAAGUAUGUUGGGUCCACAGAAAUACCUUUGGCCUGGAAUAAGGUCCAGUCCUUACCAACUGGAGCUGUCCAUAUACUUAAAGGGACCUAUGGACAUUGUAAGGGAAGCAGUGAGCUGUAUGGAGAAUUAUUGGUUCAUGUGUCGGAACCGUUGUCAGCAUUGUUUAGAAAGGCCCACAGCUUACAAAUGGCAUUUCUCAACUUGUUAGAUAAAUUGACAGUAGAUGGAAGUGUCACGGACAAAGAUAUUGAUAAUGUUUGUUGUGUAUGCUAUGGAUUGUUUGAAGUUUGUCAGAUAGUUACCUCCCUUGAUGUCAAACUGGUUGUCACAUUAUGGAAAGCCAUUUCAAAACAUGCAGUUCAAAAGAAAGAUUUAUUAAAACAUCAUCUAGAUGUUGAUAAGAUGAUACAGUACCUGUGUUCUGAGAUAAGUAAUGGUUAUACUUAUCUGUUCCAGCUGUUGCCACAUGUAGAUGAGGAAGGAAUGGUAUUAUCCCAGGGUGACGAGAAAGGAUUUCAGAAAUCGGUGAAGAUUUUAGGUUUCCAGAUGAAGAUAACAGUUACUUUAGUCAAAGAAUACAGUGAUUACUUAUCAGACUGUGGAUUAGAUGUGUAUAAAGUACUUAUACAUUUACAAAGAAUGAUGCCACCAAGCAUUCACAGACACCAGACUGAGGACCACCAUAGCGAUGAGAUAAGAAGGCAACUUUUGAAUGCUACAGAACCAUUAGUAUCUUGUUUUUUGAUCAACACAAAGUUUUUACAAUGUUUAGUCAGUUAUUCUUCAGUUGAUAACCUGACUGUUGCUGACAGCUUGCCACAUUUAUUGCUUACUAUUCAUGUGAUGAAUUCCCUUCCCAAACUAUCAGACAGUGAAAAGGAAAGAUGGUUGUCACCAAAUAACCACCCUGAAGACAUCCAAGCUCACAGUCUAAUACAAACAAUCUUCUAUCUCCUAAACAAAUGUUCAGUGGAGGUGAUUUUGCCUGUUUGUGUUCCAGGACUAUCCAGUACAAGUAAAAAAGAUAAGGAGGCUUGUUUGUAUGAUGAAAUUUGCGUGCAUUUCUGUGGUUUUAUUGGAAGUUUACCAGCAGCACAUUUUCAUAAACUGGAAGAAGUAUUAAUAGAUAAUUUAUUAUCUACGAGUCCAGUCUGUUCACAGUUAGCUACAGAUGCUUGGUGUUUCCUUGUUAGAUAUGGAUCUGCAGAAUUAUGUGACAGCCAUGUAAAGUUACUUUUAGAGAUAAUGAAGAAUAUACAGGGUUACACAAUACAGUACAGAAAUGUUACGGUACUAGUUAACAGGAUGGUUAAAUUCCUAGCCAAAGAACAUCAGGUUGAUAUAAUAAAACUAUACCCACUUAGUAAUCACAUGACAAUAUGGUCAGCUUUGUCAAUUUCUGGUUUCACAUCAACAAAUGCAAGGAGUUUAGUGGAUGACAUUGUUGGUCAUUGUGUGAAAACUAUUCAUAACUUCAUCAAUACAACAGAAAAGAAGCCUGAUAGCUUUGCUUUUCUUAUUUCAUCAAUAGAUUGUCUGCUCAAUAUUUUUAAUGAUUCAGAUGUUGUUGAAAAGUAUCUCCUGCCGAAUGCUCAGUCCACCGUUGUUGAAAAGACUGUAAUGAUUUGUAACAGCUUUUCUGAUUGGUUGAUAUUACCUAUUACAAGAUUAUGCCUUGCAAAGGUCAUACAUUUAUACUCCUUCAUCUUGCCUAACUUGAAUAAUAAAGAAAUGUUACAGAUUUUAAUACUGAUAUCAACUGUGAUGAAACAAAGACCAGAUCAGUAUUUUAAACUAUCUGUAGCUGUAUUACUGCAACAUUUAGGUUCUGUAAAGCUUUCUCCGUCAUUUGAGCAGAGUCAAAUAUUAAACAAAAUCCCAGAGAUUUUCAACAGUUUAUUAUCAGAUACAACUAGUAUUAUAAAACACAAAGCAUUAGAAACAUUUACCAAGUUUGCUGAGGUCACAGUUCAUGAGUCUAUAGUUCCUCAGUGCAUACAGAAUGAUACAAAUAUUCAGGACAGUGUUGUAGCAUUCCUAAAUAAGACUCCAUUUCCAUCAUCUGUGAAUAGAAAAGAUUAUUUAAUAACUUUGCUAAACAGUACAGAUGAAGAAGAUGACAGUGUUGAGAGGAAUGAUGGCAGACAAGAGCCAUUAAGUAAACGUCCCAGAACUGAAGAUUGUAGAAAAUUUGAGAAUCAGCAGCAAUUGAUAGACCUGCUUCUCAGCUGCAGUCAAGGAUUACAGGAGAACAAAGAUGCUAUACCAAAUCAGCUAAUUUUGAGACUUAAAGAAGCUAGGAAUUUGAUUUCUUCUUUUCUUGAUGAAAAAGGAUAAAAAAAUAUAAUUUAUAUUGACAAACUGCAUUAUGUGUUCCAAAUUUUUUAAUGAAAAUGUUUAUAGAAAUAUG